AUGUUGAAAACUGUUAUAUUUGUUACUGGAACAGACACAGAUAUUGGAAAAACAUUUGUUUCCAAUUUAUUAGUUCAUAAGUGGAAAGCUAAUUACUGGAAACCAGUACAAACUGGUGUGGAAUCUGAUGAGGGAGAUACAACUACCAUUCAAACUAACAAAUUAACUAAUUGGGAUCCAACGUUGUUUAUUCCAAGAUAUUCUUUACAAAAACCUUUAUCUCCAUACCAGGCUAUGGAAUUUGAACCAGAUACUCAAAUCGAAUUGAAUGACUUUAUCCUUCCAAAAUUCCUUGACAAUACACCAUUGGUUGUUUAG